AUGUCAGAUAGCGCUCCCGCUAAUGAUACUGCAGUUGUUGAUGGUGUUAUUGAAAUACCUGCAGGUGUUUUCGAUAAUUCUCUAAAUGACACCAUAGAACUACCAUCAAUAAGUGAUAUCAUUGAUACAGUUACCCCUGAAAACCAAAUUGACGCUGUUCCAUCUGAAAACCAAAUUAAUGCGGUUCCCUCUGGAAACCAGAUUGACGCAGCUCCAUCUGGUGACCAAGUAGAUGUUGUUUCCUCUGGAAACCAAGCUGAUUCAGCUCCCUCUGGAAACCAAGUAAAUGUUGUUCCAUCUGGAAGUCCAGUUGAUGCCGUUCCCUCUGGUAACCAAGCUGACACAGGUCCUUCAGGUGACCAAGCAGCAAUCCUUUCUGGUGACCAAAUCGACGCGGGUGCCCCCGAUGUUCAAAUUGACACAGGUUCUUCAGGAAACCAAGUUGAUUCAGUUCCUACAGGUAACCAAAAAGACGUUGCUGUAACUAAUACUGAGGUCGUAGAAGGCACAGAAUUAUCAUCGGCACAUAACAUCGAAACAAUCGGAAGUGACCUGGUCACCGGAAAUGUCGUCAAGGACACGGAUUUGUUGUUUUCUGGACCAUAUGUUACAUUAGAAGAAGUUAAUGCCGAUAAGGAUAAACUAUAUGAUUCAGACCUGUGUAGAAAUCCUGAAAUUAAAUCCUAUGAAAAUGGCCUUAAUGAUAACUGCCGUGCAUUUUGGUCAUGUGAAAGAGGACAUUCUGUUCCGGUAUGUUGUGAGAAGUUUUUCUCCUACAGGUCUGGUCGAUGUGUAGAAGACAGUAACUGCACGACCGAAUGUCCUGACCCCUGUCAGAACAUAGACAUCAUCUCGUACCCGAACGACCUCAAUUGUCGUAGUUUCUACGAAUGUCAUGAAAAGAAGUCCAAAUCCAUGUGCUGUGCUGAAGGACAAUCAUUUAUGAAUGGAACUUGUGUUGAUGAUGACGUGUGUAUUAUGCCGUGUCCAGUAGAUGCUAUACAAUUAGAGAGACAGGAAGUCACCGCAGUAACAAUACAGCCCUCUCCAAAUCCUGACUGUUCUCUUGAAGCGGUCGGUACGGGAUCCUUUCAGUCCAUUGGUAAUACAAACAAAAACCACGUGAUGUCUUGUCCUGGAAACCUUGUCUUCAGUGUUAAGAAGUGUACUUGUGACUUUCCUACAGCAGAUGUUUUAGACACUCUACCCAGAGAAUGCAAACCGGAAGUAUGCGUCGACUUUGAGCAGGUCAUGAAUCCAGUUAAAGUAGAAAACCAUAAUAACGUUGACAUUAGUGGUGGGCGUGGUCAUUUUAAUGGUGGAUCAUACCUGGCUAUUCCAAUGUAUUCAUUCAAUGAACGUUUCUCAAAGAAAAUGAACAUAAAAAUGUUGUUUAAGUCUAAACCUGGGAUGGGACAAGAUCGACAAGUGCUUAUUUCUAAUUGUCGAACCGUGAUAUCAGCCAGAGGUUCACGACUUUCGCCUUCCUUGGCCAUUAUUAUUGAUAAAUCCAUUGGAAGACACUAUGUGAUAUUCUUAGGUACUACGAAGAAUAAUGGAAAUGCUAGUAUUGCACAUACGUUUCAGCCUAACCAGUGGACAUCCUUGGAACUGUUGUUUGACGGACAGAGACUCACGGCAUCUACAAACACGAUUGAUUAUGACACAGGAACAUCCAUAGAAAGACAGUUCGAUACAAAGGAACUCACUGGUGAACUGAAAGUAGGGUUAGAGUCACUGAAAAUUGGAAAAUGCUUAGACCAAGACGGCUUUCAUGGUGAAAUGGACAAUGUUUGCAUUGGUGACUGUUUGAAUGGUAAAUUUUCCGGAAGUCCUCCAGUGUGA